AAAAGAAAAUGUUUAGUGAACUGAAAACAAAAAACAGUGUAGGAAACGAAGUUAGAUUCUCAUAAAUUUUUAUCCAAAAAUUCAAGGUAAUUAAUUAUUUCACUAAUGCAGAUUUAUUGAUGCAUUUAUAUAGAAUUAAAAUAAAUUAGAAAUGUAAAAUGUUAAGUAGAAAAAUUAAAGUUUAUGUGUGUCAAAUGCAUUGUCAAUUAAAAUGACAUUUUUUAUUUUAAAAAAAGUAUUUUAAUUCUUUGAUAACGAGAACGUGUCAAGAAAAUUUGAAAAAUUGAAAAAUUGAAAAAUCUUGUCAAAUUUUGGAACUGUCAUAAGGGAAAUGAGUUUCUUUCAAAAAAAAGUUGGAGGUUAUCGAAAGACAUUUCUAAAAUCCCUUUAAAUCCCGAAAUUAAAUUUGAAUAGAAAUAGUGGAGGACAUGUCGAGAGAUAAGAUUCACGGUAAAUCUUACAAUUUUCCGGAGAAUACAAAUUGUACACCUCGUUACCACAACGUUUUUAAAGAUGUCACGUCAUUUCCUUACUAUGAGAAAAAAUAUAGUUUAAACGACGAAAAAUUACGACAAGAUUAUUUACUCAAGAAAUUAAAGAAUUUAAAACCAAAGGACAACAAAAAAUUAACGAUUGACAAUGAUUGUGCUUCUAAUUUUCAUUUAGAAAAUGAAGGAUCAAAGAAGAAAUUGCACAAAAGGAACCAAGUGAUUCCGGUGAACGGUGAGAAAGCUCAUGAGAAAAAACAGGAUUUUCACAAUCGGGAAACAACGAAAGUUUGUGAACAGUUGAAUGAGUCCUCAAGGUUAUCGAAGAAAAUGCACCGUAACGGUUACGACAAUUGUAGCCAAGGGAAACAUUAUUCGAAAGGAUUCUUUAAAAAGUUUCCUUAUAACAGUAGCGUAACAAGUUUAGAGGCAAUGAACAGUUGUUCUUCAUUUGAUGUUCCAGUUUAUCGAAUAAAAAAGAAUCAACAACAAACAAAACUAUCGUGCAACAAAUAUAAAAAUAAAAAUAAAAAAAAUACCAACAAAAUACGUGGGAACAAUAAUAGAAAAUGUAAUAAAUUUUCUUCAACAUCACUUGUUGUGAAUUACUCUCCCGAGUCCGAUUUUGAUUCUUAUCAAGAUAAACACAAAAUAACAGAUCUUAUUGGCGGAAAUAAUGAGAGAAACACGAAUAUUUGCCAAUGCUCGUCGGAAUCGGAUUAUUCGAAAGAGGAUAAAAUUCCUGAUAAAAAUUACGAGAUUUCGAGGAGUACAAAGACGAACAAUUGCUGCUGUUCAGAGGAAGAGAAAAAAAUAAAAGCCACUUAUUCAUAUCACUGUAGAUAUCCCGAAUAUCAAGAAAAAGAUAAUCAAGAGACUUAUGCAAAUUUUCAUCCGAAAUAUUAUGCAACACCAUUCAAUAAAAAGAAAAAGGCUAAUUUUUUUGAUAACAAUGGCAAAAAAUAUCAAAAUUACAUGAAUGAAAAGAAAAAAAUUAAACCCAUUAGAACAAGUGAUAUUAAUUUAUCUGAUCUAACUCCUGAUGUUCCAUUGCCAUCUCAUUGGAGUCAAUGUGGUCAACAUAUGACAAAUGUAGCCAAUGAAUAUCGUGAUCUUUUAAAUAAUUUUAAAACAAUUCAAUCAAUUGCCGUGAAUCCAUGUCGAAAGAAAUUGAAAAAAAAAUUUACAAGAACUUAUCCAUCAGGAAAGGAAUUUACAUUUGAAGUAAAACCAGCCAAGGAUAGUGUCACAUUUUGUAAAGGUGAAAAAAAAAAUUUCUCCCAUUGUCAAUGUAAAAAUUGUCCCCAAUUGAUAAAGAGUUUAAAAAAUGUGAAAUUUUCCAAAAAUUCAAAAAAAAAAUCCAUAAUUUUGACAGGUUACAAUAAUUUAAUAAAGAGAUAUGCGUGUAAAAAAAGUGAUGAGGAAAUUUUUUCAAAAAAAUCAAAAAAAAAAUUUAAUAAAAUUUCACACUGUAUUUGUGAUGGAAAAAAAGGUGAUGAUGAGAAAAUUUACAAAAAAGAAAAUCAAAAUUUAACUAAUUUAAAAGGAGAAAAAAUCAAAUCAGUAUGUGAAAAUUUGACAUUAAAAAAUGAGAAUUUAAAACAUGAUGGUGACAAAUUGAAUAAAUGUCAAGAGUUGAAUGCGAAAAAUCAGGAAUUGAAUAAAUUUAAUUUUCCGAGAAUUGUGAAGCCAAGAGGUGUUUUUUGUCGGGACAAUUUGAGAAAAAUUUUUAUUUGUCCUCCACAUGGCGAAGAAGGAUCGCCAUUGGUAUUAAACAAAAAAUGUUCAAAUAUCGAUUGCAGGAUAAAAGGAGAUAAUCUCAAAGGAUUUAGGUACAAAGUGACAUACAAACAAGAAUUUUUGAGUCCUGUUUGGUAUCCUGAAGAAAAAGGAAGUCCUUUCCGAAAAAGGGAAAACACAACUGAAAAUGGAUGAAUAUAUAUUUUUUUGGUCUUUUUUAAAAAUUUAAACGAUGUUGAAUGUUCUGACAGAAUUAGAAAGUUUCUAUGAAGGGAACUAUUUUCUGUUCAGAAUUUAUUUUUACUUUUUUUAAUUCAAAUUAGAAAGCAGGUUGUUUAUAUUUUGAAAAUUACGAUUUACACCAUUUUAUAUUGUCCCCGUUUUAUAUUUUGUAAUGAAAUUUACAAAUUUGAUAUCAAUUUUUUUUCAAUGAAAAAAUUUGUUUAAAAAAAAUUAAGAUUCAGUCUCUGUGAAAAGUUAGUACUGUAAAAAUUGAAAAGAUUUGAAGAAAUAAAUUGACAAUUUUUGUACAA